GUUUUGUGAGUGGAAAUAAAGUGCACAUUAUAAAAAUGUCGGCGCAUUUAAAUUGGAUGAUCAUCCGUAACAACAACGCUUUCCUCGUCAAAAAGCGUAACAUUAAAAAGCCCUUCAGUAAGGAACCUAACAAUGUGACUAACCUAAAUGCCUUCAAGUACAAUGGCUUGAUUCACAAAAAGGCGGUCGGCGUGGUUGAAAAUGAAAACCCCAGCAGGAAAGGUUUCACAGUAGUCUACAAGAAGGCUAAAGCGACAAAUAAGCCGGUAAAGAACCUGGUGAGACGUAACUUCAAGGCAGGUGCCAGAAGAUCUCUCUUCAAGUUGAAGAGAUUGCUCAAAGCUAACAACUACCGCAGAGACUUGACAAAAGCCACCUUACGUCGUGCUUCAGCAAUUCUGCGUUCACAACGGCCAAUUAAGGCGAAGAAACCCAAAGCUGCCGCUGCAAAAGCAGAAUAAGUUUUGUAUUUAAGUAAAAUAAAAAAAUAUUAAAAAUAAA